GCGCCGGGGAGUUGAGAAGCAGGCGCGUGCCACAGCGCGUGCGCGGUUGUGAGGCGCUUGGGCUGCCCAGACGCGGUGAGUCUUUCCGAGAGGCGCCACCUCCUGCAAGUUUGGAGUUCAACAAAAGUUCUAUUGCUUUGAGUGGACAAUGAUUAGAGACACAAUGAAGGCCUGGAGUGACAGUCAGUCAGACCUUUACAGCAGUGACUUAGAAGAGGAGGAAGAAAUGAUUUUUGGAGAAAAUGAGGAAGAUUUGGAAGAGAUGAUGGAUUUAAGCGACCUCCCUACCUCUCUCUUUGCUUGUAGUGUUCACGAAGCAGUGUUUGAAGUUCAAGAGCAAAAGGAACGAUUUGAAGCACUCUUCUCAAUCUAUGAUGAUCACGUUACAUUCCAGCUAUUUAAAAGCUUUAGAAGAGUAAGAAUAAAUUUCAGCAAUUCAGAAGCAGCAGCAAGAGCACGAAUAGAACUGCACGAGACAGAAUUUAACGGGAAAAAGCUGAAGUUGUAUUUUGCCCAGAUCCAGAUGCCCAACGAAGCAGGAGACAAAUCUUACCUCUUGCCUCCACAACCCGUCAAACAGUUCCUGAUCUCACCACCUGCAUCCCCCCCAGUAGGAUGGAAGCCGAGUGAAGAUGCCACUCCCAUGAUAAACUAUGACUUACUCUGCGCCGUCUCAAAGUUGGGGCCAGGAGAAAAGUAUGAGCUGCACGCAGGAACAGAGUCCACUCCCAGUGUGGUGGUCCAUGUCUGUGAAAGUGAAACAGAAGAGGAAGACGACAUUAAAAACCCCAAGCAGAAGAUUGUGCAGACAAGGCGUCCCGAUCCACCGCCCACAUUACUAAAUGAAACAAAAACUCUUGAAUGUGCACUCGAGGUCGGGGGUGGGAUGCACUACUGACCUGAGACUAAUAAGAGCAGCGGAUGGCGGUCGUGUUUGCAUUGCUGCUUUAUGCAUCGCAGCAACGGACUUCUCUUGUAGUUGUCUCGUGUCAAGACGAUUUUAGAUGCCAACGUUUUGAAGAGCACUUUAAGGUUAACUUUCAAGAUGUAGCAAAUCAACUGGGUUUUAAGUCCCAGACGACUAGGAGAGUGCCAUUUCUGGAAUAUGUGUGUUAUUGCCAUUUUCUUGAUGUUCAGAAGGCUCAAAGGAAUGUGGCUGCCGCCACCUCUGUAGGGGUCACCACUUGGUUUUGUAUGUGAGUCUCUCAUGUAUAGUUUUGUGUGCUGAUGUAUAACACGAUGUUCUGAAUAAUAAUAUAUUGAUGAAAAAUAAAUGUAAUGUACAAUGUACAUUGUUAUCAGUAGAAGAAUCUCAAAACUGGCUUGGGGGUGAUAGAACCACAUUUCUGAGCAGUCUUGUUCUGUGGCUUUUGUUUUUUCCCUUAGACAUGCCAUAGUGGUGUCUGUUGACUUUUGGAGUAUUCUUGUGAAUCGAUGUGAGGCAACCCCUCCCCAAAAGAAAACCCAGAAUGGGAACUCUAUCGUUGGUUGUCUUUCUGCUCAGCGCGAUAAUGAAAAUGGAAUUGCAUACAAGGAAGCUGCAGGUUAUGGAUAGGCUCCUUCUUGGGCGCUCGCUUUGUAACGUUUCCUUGCUUGUGUGCCUCUUUGCUGUGACUGUUCCUAAAGCAAGGUGAUUUUGUACAUAUGUUUAGCUUUGUACCUCCAGCAGUAGGAACUAUGCAGCCAGCGAGGGUCCUGCAUCCAUAGUCUUUUGCCAAAUGUAGCAACUGGAUUUCCCAUCUUGUGUCUGGGAUAUGGUAUGUUCUCCCCAGCAAAGAUAGGUACGAAUGUAAAAAAAAAAUGCACAAUCACCCCCUGUAGCAGUGAUAGUAUAGCAGUGUUCUAGAAGAAUAUGUGGAAUCAUUUCCCCCUCAUUCCUUUCCUUGAAGAUGAGCAGGUCUGGCUGUAUUGGUCUGGCUGGGCUAUUACAGUCCUGCUCUUCAUCUCUCCUACAUUUGGCCCCAAGUGUACUGCACUGUUUUAUUUUCAGAGCAAGGCCGCAACUCUUGGCAAAUGUCUGCUUAAGUUGCUUUGUUUAUGCCUCGUCCUUUCUCCGCUGCCCCCGGCAUCAAAUACUCUGUUCUUCUUACUCUUCUCAGGAAGGGAGAAUAUUUUGCAGCCAGAUAGUUUUCUCUCUCCCGCUGCUGAAAAAAAGUGCUGACAAUCCAGCUGCCUGGCUUGACAAAUAAGGCUAGACCUAUUUGCACAAGCCUUCUCUUACCACUGUGUUUCCCUUCUUGAACCAAAUAGCACCUUAAGAUGCCAUAUACCCAGUUUCCUGUCAUUCCGACACUUUGUAGUUCAUAGCUACUCUUUCGUUGCUGAAGUAAGGGACAAAAUAGAGAGCAAAGGAAGUAUAAUGUGUUGUUGAAGGAUUUCGUGGCCAGAAUCACUGGGUUGCUGUGAGUUUUCCGGGCUGGCCAUGUUCCAGAAGCAUUUUCUCCUGACAUUUCACCUGCAGCUAUGACAGGCAUCCUCAGAGGUUGUGAGGUCUGUUGGAAACUAGAGAAGUGGGGUUUAUAUAUCUGUAGAAUAAUGUCCAGGGUGGGAGAAAGAACUCUUGUCUAUUUGAGGCAAGUGGGAAUGUUGCCACUGGCCAGAUUGAUUAGUAUUUAAUGGCCUUGCUCCUUCAAAGCCUGGCUGAUUGCUGCCUGGGGGAAUCCUUUGUUUGGAGGUGUUAGCUGGCACUGAUUGAUUCAUGUCCAUGGCCUUGCAGCUUCAGUGCCUGGCUGGUUGUUGCCUUGGGGGGGGAUCCUUUGUUGUGAGGAUUCUGCUGCCCUAGGGACUAAGACGGAGAAUAAUGGCUUCAAACUACAAGAAAGGAGAUUCCAUCUGAACAUUAGGAAGAACUUCCUGAUUGUGAGAGCCGUUCAGCAGUGGAACUCUCUGCCCCGGAGUGUGGUGGAGGCUCCUCCUUUGGAAGCUUUUAAACAGAGGCUGGAUGGCCAUCUGUUCGGGGGUGCUUUGGAUGCAAUUUUCCUGCUUCUUGGCAGGGGGUUGGACUGGAUGGUCCAUGAGGUCCCUUCCAACUCUAUGAUUCUAUGGCAUAUUAUUUGAGAACACAGAAAUGCUGGACCACUCUAACAACCACCAUGCCAGACUACACAGAGAAGCCAUUGAAAUCCACAAGAAGCAUGUGAACAAUUUCAACAGAAAGGAAACCAUGAAAAGGAACAAAAUCUGGCUACCAGUAUUAAAAAAACCAUAAAAUUAACAGUAAAUAAAGAACAACACCCAAAAAACAGGGGAAUUCCAAACAUGAAUCAAUCAGGGCCAGCUAACACCUCCAACAAAGGAUUCUCCCAGGCAGUAAUCAGCCAGACCUUGAAGCUGCAAGACCAUUCAGUGCUAAUCAAGGUGGCCAUUUGCAACAUUCACACUUGCCUCCAACAGAAAAGAGUUCUUUCUCCCACUAUGGACAUUAUUUCACAGAUAUAUAAACCCCACUUGCCUAGCUUCCAAUAGACCUCUCAACCUCUGAGGAUGCCUGCCAUAGAUGCAGGCAAAAUGUCAGGAGGAAAUGCUUCUGAACAUGGCCAUAUAGACUGGAAAACUCACAGGAACACAAGUAUAUGUGUUGACUUUGAUUUUGUCAACAAAUGUUCUGUGAAUUAUGUUGGACCGAAGGGUGGAGAAGCGUUCCUCACUUUGCCCAGCGGCAAAAAGAGGCGCAAUGCCUUCCAUGUCAGUCUCCCGUCUCACUGCGUCAUGUUGCAUUGCCUUUCAUCAGCUUGCCUAAUUGCGCAUGUGCAACCAUUCCCAAAGUCCAAUAUACACAGCCUCUCCCAUCACGCCUUUCCAGUGGCUUGCAUCUGAUCAGUGGGCAGAAAGGAAGAGAAUAGCCAUGGAGAAUAGCAAGCGACUGAGGCCAAAUACGUGGGCACUUCUUCAGGAUAUUCUCUAUUGUGUCAAACUUUAUCAGACCAUUCUGAAUGGAUGAAGACUAUCAUUUUAUGGGACCAGAAUUCUGGCUUAGUGAUUGUUUGAAGAGGGCCAGUAGGAUUCAUUUCAGGAUCCUGUAAAUUUUACUCGAGAGCCUUAGGCCAGUGAAGGAUCUCAGGCUCACCUUUCUCUUGGAUUUGAUGUGUUCCUUGGAUGCAAAUCAGAUAUUUUUUUUAAGUGGAAAUCAAAAGCAACUGCUAUUUUUCCAGAAUGAAUCUUAAUUCUUACCUGCUUAUUAAGAACCAGGGUACUUAUUCUUCCUUGAUGUAUCAACAAACUGUUGACAUUUCCUUCAAUAUGACAAUAUGUUCUGUUAACUUUUUCAAAAAUCUGAUAACAUUUAUUCUAGCAAAAAGUAUUGGUGAUUGCCAAUAAAUUGUCGAAGUCCUA